GUCUGAGGUAGUGAAAUAAUUCAAAGAGCUGUUUAACAAGUUUAAGGGUUUGAAACAUGGUGUCAGUGUCUCUCAUGUGUCUGGUUCUGCUCUCCUUGUGGGGGGUCAGAGGGGAAGUAGCUCCAAAUUUCGACAACUGCAAAAUGUUUUUCUUCAGAGAAAAACCAGUGUCUGGUCUGAACAUAGCCCUGUCCACUCCAGAUGAGACCAACACACAGAAAUUAGUUAAUCCUGAGAAAUGUCUCUCUGCUUACAAGGCUGCCUCUCCUGCCUACAUCUGUCAGACAUACAACAACCAGUACUACUUUGCCACUCUGUAUGACAGAGCAAGGAGGAUCCCUUUGUACUCUGCAUAUAAAAUGGAUAUGAAAGCGAAACCCGAAAGGAAGGGGUCCAUUGUAAAUUACGAACCACAGCUUGUGCAUCCUGAACUAGCACAAAAUAUGAUGAACAAGAGCAGAUGCUUGAGAGAGAUCCAGAAUUACAACAAAAAUGACUGCACAGAAACAGAAAAAAAAUACAAACCAAACUACAAACUUAACUGGAGCCAGGCUGUCGAUGAAGACUACAGUAGUAGUAAAGGCAACUAUACACGUGGACACUUGAACCCUGCAGGGCACCAUCAGCAAGAUGCCUCCCAAGCCACCAUGACUUUCACCAACGUAGCGCCGCAAAACCCAAAUAUUAACAAUGACCAAUGGAACAAAUAUGAGAAGAAUCUGAAGAAUAAUUUGACUCAAGGCUGUCGUGAAAUGUAUGUUGUGACUGGGGUGGUCCCAAACAAAGACAUAGUCCCAAGCAAAGAGUGGCUGAACAAUCGAGUCAAUGUUCCCAGUCACUACUGGAAUGCCUUCUGCUGCACUGACAACAAAAACAAACCUCUCAGGUCUGGAGGUGCCUUGUGUCCUAACACAGCUGAUGGUCAAGUUACAGAGUAUAACACUGUUGCAGAGCUUCAGAAUGUGCUUAUAAAUGAAAUGAACUUUGGCAACAAUUUUAAUAUUUUUUUUAACCGCUGUCAAAUCAGGCCAACCGCGAGAGCUGGAGACUGGCAGGAUUCAUGA